UUUUCCUCUUUCUAUUUCAUUCAAGUUGAUUUCUUUUGAUUCAAUUCUAUUCUAUUCUAUUCUGUUGUAUUCAAUUCUAUUCUAUUCAACCCAAUUUCAGUUUUAAUUUCUAUUUCAAUUUUAGUUUGAUUAAAUUUACUUCAACAUGGCUGAAAUCAAUGGCACUGCUGGUGACACUACUAAACCAAUAUCUGUUGAAAAAGAAGUGACAAGCACUAGUACAACUGAUGAUAAAAUAACCCAAUUGGCAGAUUCAAAAACUGCCUCCUCAAUUAAGGACACGGAUGAAGUCACCAAGGUUGAUGAUAAAACAAAUGAAAUUAAAAAGGAUUUAGAUCAAAAAAUUGAAACUGAAACUCAAGUUAAGAAUAAUCCCACAGUUGAAGUUGAACCUAAGAAAGAUUUUGUUACAGAAAAGGCACCAGAGACUGUUGUUUCUAAUGAUAUAUCAAAAUCAGAGGACAAGGGCAAUUCUACGAAAGUUGAACCUGAGCCCAUUGAGGAGUCAAAAGAGCAAAUCGUUGACAAAACUCAAGGAGCUGCAACAAUUAUAAAAGAUACAACUGACAACAAAGAAGUCGUCGACAACAAAGAAACCAUUAAUGGAAAAAACACCAAAACCAAGGAUAAUGAUGCUGCUAGCAAUAAAUCUCAACAAAAUGCUGAGGUGGCUACUUCCACAUCUGAAGAUGAUCAAAUUUACCCUGAAGGUGUUACAUUUAAAUCAUCAGGAGAAAAGAAAAACUUCAAUCUUUUUUUUAAUAAACUACCUGAAAUUACUAAGGAAGCUGAUUAUGAUGAGUUAUUUGGUCAUCAACUAAGUCCCACAGGAGACUUUUAUGAUGAAACUGUAGCCAAAGUCUUGGCCUUUAAAUUUCUUAAAGCAAAUGAUUUUCUAAUACCUGAAUCUGAAUCUCAAUUAAAGAAUACAUUAAUUUGGCGCAAAGAAUUCAAGCCUUUAUCCGCUGCUUUUCUAGAAGAACAUAAAAAGAUGUUUAAUAACAUCGGUUAUUUAACUAAUAACUCUGAAAACCCUGAAAAUUGUAAAGUAAUAACCUGGAAUAUUUAUGGUGCCAAAUCUCCAGUUCAAGUUGCUCAAACUAAAGAUUAUUUUAUUGAUUUAGACGAAUUUCUUAGAUGGAGAAUUGGUUUAAUGGAAAAAUCCGUUCAAUUAUUAGAUUUUAAAGAUAAAGAAAAUCAAUUUGUUGCUCAGGUUCAUGAUUAUAAAGAUAUUAGUUUUUUAAGAAUGGAUGCAAGCAUUAAGAGAUCUACUAAAAGCACUAUUAAAAUUUUCCAAGAUUAUUAUCCAGAAUUAUUAAGCAGAAAAUUCUUUUUAAACAUUCCAUUCAUUUUGGCUUGGUUUUAUAACUAUGUUGUCAAAAAUUUCUUUAUUUCAAAAGAAACUGUUGCCAAGUUCAGAGUUUUAAGUGAUGCUUCAACAAUGGCGGAACAGAUAAAUACCAAAAAAUUGCCAAAAGCUUAUGGAGGUGAACUUGAGGAUUUAGUUACUUUGCCACAAGUUGAAAUCCAGCAAACUCCAUAUACAAAAUUUCUAUUGGAAAAGUUAAGUACUGAUAAUGCUGAAGGUUUUACAAAUGAAGUUGAUUAGAGGUGCUGUAAAUUGGUUUAAUAUGUGUCAACCGGUUUUCAACAACUUCUCAUUUUCAAUUGAGGACUUCAAUUUACCUUGAUCGCCUUCUAGUUUGUUUUUAAUUUAUUUUCUCCACAUUUUCUAUUUAUUCCCUAAUUGUUUGUUUGUUUUUUUAUUUUCAUUCUCUUUUGUUUUUUUUAUCUUUGAUUUUUGUGAUUUUUCAGUCUACUCAGUAAUUAAUAGUGAUUAAUUUGAUAAUAGUAUCUAUCGGCAGUAUAUAUCGGAUAAUAUCCGCGGAAUCAAAUAUCC